AUGGCCGCUCAGGACGACACGGCAGUCUCCAAUGGCGUGGCUGAAGCUGCUGAAGUGCCUCAAGGCGGUAAUGAAGCCAAGGCAGAGUCCAUCUCCAAUGCUCAAGGAGAGCGAAACAAAGGCAAAAACUUCAUCUCGGAAUUCUUCGUCUACUUCCAGCUUCUCGUCUAUGCCAACCCAACAUGGAUCGACAUCGUCCUUCUCGUCACUGGCACAGUUUCCGCAGCGGCAGCAGGAGUCCCGUUUCCUCUCAUGGGUAUCCUCUUCGGCCAGCUCGUUGACGACCUCAACACCGCCAGCUGCGAUGCUCAAACCCCUGACGCGGACGAGGCUUCGCGAAUCCAGUCCUCCAUCGACAGCAAGGUGCUCGAGCUGACUUACAUCGGCAUCGCCAGUUUCGCCCUGAUAUACAUCUACAUCGUCUGCUGGAGCAUCUUCAGCCGUCGACUGGAAGCGCGCAUCAGAGACCGCUACUUCCAAGCGCUGCUGCAGCAAGACGCGACCUUUUACGACCAACGCCAGGCCGGCGAGCUUUCAUCUCGCCUCAAUGCAGACGUGCAAGCUGUUCAGUCGGGUACCUCCGAGAAGGUUGGCAUCUGCAUCGCCUGCACGUCCUUUUUCUUGACGGCGUACAUCGUCGCCUUCAUCAAGAACUGGAGGCUUGCGGCCAUGCUUCUAUCCCUUAUCCCCGCCUUCUUCCUCAUGGCCGGUCUGGGGAGUGCAUUCACGGCGAAAUUCACCAGUGCCAUGUCCGAUGCGAUAGGAUCUGCCUCGUCUAUUGCUCAGGAAACCUUGUCCAACAUUGCAGUUGUCCAGGCUUUUGGUGCCGGCCCGCGCCUGGAGGCCAAGUUUUCUUCCCACAUGAUGAAUGCUCAGAAAAAGGGCAUCCAAAAAGCAUUUGCCGCAGCCGUCCAAGCCGGAACCCUCUACUUCAUUGCUUACGCGGCAAAUGCCUUGUCCUUUUGGCAAGGUAGCCACCAGAUUGUCAAGACAAUUGCCGACCCCAGCGGCGUAUCGGUGGGAGAGAUUUACACCGUGAUAUUCCUCCUUGUAGACGCAUGUGUUGUCUUCGGCUCAAUCGCGCCUCUCUUGCCUCUGUUGGGAGGUGCAUCCACAGCAUUCCAAAAGCUGCGGCAAGAUAUCGAAACCCCAGCCAUCAUCGACUCGGGAUCAGACUCCGGGCUCAAACUCUCGGAUUCUGCCGCCGCCUCGAUUUCGUUCCGAAACGUCACCUUUGCCUACAUCUCCCGGCCAGAUCAGCCUGUUCUCAAGAAUGUCUCCUUUGACUGUCCCGCGGGCAAGUAUACCGCUAUAGUCGGACUCUCUGGUAGCGGCAAAUCUACAGUAGCUGGCUUGACGACGAGGAUCUACGACCCUCAAGAUGGAGCAGUGUUGCUCGAUGGGCAUGACCUAAAGCAACUGAACGUAAAAAACUUGAGAAGCUUCAUCAGCUUGGUCCAACAAGAACCAUCGCUUCUGGAUCGAUCAAUCUUGGAAAAUAUCGCGCUGGGACUAUUCAAUUCGCCAUGGGAGAAGUAUCAAAAAUUCCAAUCCAUCAUCCUAGGGCAGGGGCUUGCUGAAGUGGCAGCAAAGGUCAGAGAGGGACAAGACUUGACUACUGUCGCACAGGCGCAUAGUCAGGACAUGGCUGAACUCAUUGAAAUGGUCCGCAACUCUGCGUCCCUGGCUGACGCCUCAGGUUUCAUUGACAGGUUGGAAUACGGAUAUGGAACCGUUGUUGGCACCGCAGGAAAGCUCGUCAGCGGAGGACAGAGGCAGAGAUUGGCAUUUGCUCGUGCUCUAAUCCGAGACCCCAAGAUCCUUCUCCUCGAUGAAGCCACAGCAUCCCUGGAUUCAGCCAGCGAGCGGCGCAUCCAGGAGGCGGUCGAGUCCAUCUCCAAGGGUCGUACCAUUCUCGCCAUCGCGCAUCGCCUGUCCACAAUCAAGAACGCCGACAACAUCAUCGUUAUGAACAAUGGCGAAAUCAUUGAGCAAGGCACUCAUCUGGAGCUCAUGGCCCUGGAUGGCUCGUAUGCCGGAAUGGUUCGCCUACAGAAUCUGGCGUCCAAAGACCAGGAUGACACACCAUCUCUGUCGAGCACGUCCAAGGGUGAUGCCGACAUCAUACUCUCAGAGAAGGAAUCUGCUCUAGAAGAAGCUGUUCCAACGACAAAGGAAGAGCUCUCAGCUUCUACUUCAACCGUUCAGGAAUCCGGACAAGAGACGAUUGCAGGAGAAGACAAGACACUCGAUGACAGCCAGUCAGCUUGGACAAUCAUCAAGAGCCUCGGCCGCAUGCUCAGACCACAUCUGUUGAUGCUCCUCUUGGCCGUCUCCUCCGCCGUCAUUGUUGGUGGCACGUUCUCUUCAGCAGGUGUCAUCUUUGGCAACACAGUCGAAAAAGUAAGUCCCUGCAACUCGACCCAUCAGAUUCUAUGGGCAGGUAAGUUCUUCGGCGGUCUCUUCUUCAUGUUGGCAGUCGUUGAGUUGUUCGCUUACACGGGGAGCUGGUACGGCUUUGGCUACAUUGCGGAAAAGCUCCUCUAUAAAAUACGCGUGCUCACCUUCCGAUCGCUGUACGAACAAGAACUCGGUUGGCAUCAGGCAGAAGGCCGUUCGCCAUCCUCGCUGCUAUCCAUCAUCACAGCAGAUGCCGCUGCUGUUGGUGGCUUCAGCGGAUCUAUCAUGGGCACAAUGUUCUCCAUUGUCGUCAACUUCUUGGUUGCCAUUAUUCUGUCGCACAUUAUUGCAUGGAAAAUUGCCAUUGUAUGCUUGGUCACAGUCCCCAUACUCCUGGGUUCGGGCAUCAUGCAAGUACGGUCCCUUUCGCGCUUUGAGCGCAAGCAUGCCGGAGCAUUCUCAAAUGCGCUUGGCAUUACUGUCGAAGCCGUCACCUCGUUCAAAACCGUAUCCUCGCUUUCAAUCGAAGAAGAAAUCCUCCACACUUAUCGUCGAGCACUCAAGGCUCCGCAAAGGGAGAUGGCUCUAGCCAGUGCUUAUACCAAUUUCUGGCUCGCCAUCGCCAACAGUAUCGGCAACCUCAUUUAUGCCUUUGCCUACUGGUGGGGAUCGACCAGGAUCACAAAGGGAGAAUACAGCCAGGCUCAGUUCUUCAUCAUUCUCAUGGCCAUGCUCGUGAGUGCCCAGUUGUGGGGCCAGAUGUUUACGUUGGCCCCCGAGGUCUCGCGGUCCAGAGCAGCAGCAUCCCGAAUCCUGAGUCUCAUAAAUCUUGGGUCCUCCAAACGCCUUGAAGCCAAGGACACUGAGCCUGACGUUUCAUCACGCGGAGAGAAGGAUAUCGAAGCUAUACCAGUCGCAGUCUCAAGUCGCGUGCUCAACUCAAGUCGUGGUGGCGCCACAAUCACUUUCCGUGAUGUCUCCUUUGCAUAUCCUGCUCGGCCGCACAUCCAGAUUCUCAAGGGAAUGUCAUUUACGAUACCGGCUGGCCAAUUUUGUGGUCUCGUGGGGCCAUCGGGAGCUGGCAAGUCCACCAUCAUGUCACUUGUUCAGAGAAUGUAUCGCCCUACUGGUGGAGCCGUCGAAAUCGACGGGGUCGACAUCUGCGCUCGUGAGGGAGUGGAUUUCCGUCAUGAUAUCGCCGUAGUGCCACAGGAUUGUGCCCUGUUUGAUGGAACCAUCAAGUUCAACGUGGGACUCGGUGCCGUGCCAGGUCACGAGGCGUCCGACUUGGAAAUUGAAGAAGCCUGCAAGCUAGCCAAUAUCCACAACACCAUCAUGUCGCUGCCCAAGGGCUAUGAGACAGAAUGUGGUCCUAACGGAUCUCGAUUAUCUGGGGGUCAGCGCCAAAGAUUGGCCAUUGCGAGGGCACUAGUGCGAAAGCCGCGGCUGCUGCUGCUCGACGAAAGCACCAGUGCCCUUGACGCAGAGAGCGAAAGGGCGCUGCAAGAAGGCCUAGAACAGGCGGCCAGAGGCAUCACGGUGAUUGCCAUCACUCACAGGCUACACACAGUCCGCAAGGCUGACGUGAUCUUCGUGGUCGAGGGCGGCCAAGUGGUCGAUAGAGGACGUCACGAGGAGCUUGUGGAGAGAAGCGAAUCGUAUCGGAUCAACGCCCUGCAGCAGAUGUUAGGAUAG